GUGAGCCGCGUGCGUGUUGACGAGCGAGACAUUAUUACAGUAGCCUAUUCUGAUUGCGCCGAAGGAAGUUUCUUCAUUCUCCUUUAUGUAUAUAGAGUAACCUACUUUUGUGUGUGAUGGGCGUGAAAUGUGAUACGGUACCGACAUGAAGUCCGGAGAGCAGACUGAUUACGAGGGAGAGCUAAAUAGUUUGCCCGACGACUCCAACUUUGUCAAACCAUAUUUAUUAGAACUGAGACAGAGGGCACAGAAAGACAUCAUCGACCCGCAGGAAAGUUUGAAUUGGUCGGACAGUUUUCUGAUAAAGUUUCUGCGAGCGAGAGACUUUGAUGUUGAGCUGUCACUGAAGCUACUAGUUAAUUACCAGCAUUGGAGGAGAGAGUGCCCAGAGAUCAGUGCCAACCUGCACCCGUCCUCUGUCCUUGGACUCCUCCAGAAUAACUACCAUGGAGUGCUGAGGGACCGGGACCACAGCGGCAGCAGAGUGCUCAUCUAUAGGAUUGGCCAGUGGAACCCCAAAGACUUCACAGUGUACCAGGUGUUCCGUGUCAGUCUGAUCACAUCUGAGCUGAUCGUCCAGGAGACAGAGACCCAGAGGAAUGGACUGAAAGCCAUUUUUGACAUGCAGGGAUGGUGCUUCGCUCAUGCCCUUCAGAUCAACCCCUCCCUGGCCAAGAGGAUCUCCUCUGUGCUCACGGACUCGUUCCCUCUUAAGGUGCGAGGGAUCCAUCUGAUCAACGAGCCCAUAUUCUUCAGACCCGUCUUCGCCAUGAUCCGCCCAUUCCUGCCUGAUAAGAUCAAACAGCGGAUUCACAUGCACGGCAGCACCUUCAAAGAGACUCUGAGGGAUUUCUUCUCCGAAGACAUCCUCCCCCAGGAGUACGGAGGCAGCGGCCCCUCCAUGGAAGAGGUGUGUCAGGAGUGGACCUCCCACAUCCUGCAGUGUGAGGAACUCCUCACCCAGCUCUCCAUCUACCCUGCAGGAGAUGAGGUCACCUCUGACCCCGACCCAGAACCUGACAGCCAGUCUGCCUACAGCUCUUGACUCCCCAUGGACUACACAUCCCAGAGUGCAUCUCACCAACCAACCACCAACCACACAACUCGUAGCAUCCUUCUGAAGUCCAAUUCCAAUUUCUUAUUCCUCCACCUUUCUUAAGGGAAUCCAAUCGAUAUGGUUGGGGUGCACAACUUGAGCUUUCGAGGUCCAAGAUUGUCUGCUAGUUUUGAGUUUACAAACGAGUAUCCUGGUUUUUAAAAGUUUUUAUCAGUUGUCUAUGAAAAGAUAGGAUGAUGACGAGGGAUGCUCGGUAGCAGCUAGUGCUCAAGAGUAUAAUAACACAUUGUGUUAAAGUAAUAACACAUUGGAAUUGGGCCUAGACUACUUUUCUCCAUCAUCUGUUUUAUGGGUUUUGCAAACAUUUAUAUCAGUACUCAACCAACUGUCUGCUAGCAUAAUGUGUUAAAACGAAAGGCAAGGUUAAAUAUGUAUAUUUUAGCUUUUUGUACAAUUCUGUGAAUGUCUACUGUAGAUGUGAAGUAUAUUUUUAUACUAUGAUUGGUGUUUUAAUUAAUUACGAAGAUUAAGUGCUUAGUUAUUUACUCAAAUCAUUGUCUUCUUCUCAUAGAGGAUUAUGAAGGAAAGGUGUCCUCAGAAAUGUUCACAUUGUAGCAAAAUUGGACAAAUUGUCAUUCUUUUAAAAUGUUUUCAACAUCUCUCUCACUCAGAUGAGAGAAGUGCUAAAUAGGGCUCUGUAUGUUGUUACAGAAGCUCUAGUCCAGUGGAGGCUGCUGAGGGGAGGACGGCUCAUAAUAAUGUCUGGAAUGGAGUCAAUGGAAUGGUACCAAACACA